ACUGCGGCUAGCAGAGCAAUUGCACAGUGCAGCAAGUCACACUUCCACCUCUACCAAAUUUGUUGCCCAUCCCCAUUCUCUAAGUGAUACAACGACGUUAUUAUGAACGCGAGACGAGUUCCUCCGCCAGGAGCGCCUCCAUCUUAUGCAUUCGUGAACCGCGUCUAUGGCAGAAGUCUGCGUCCCGUUGUUCUUGCAUUCGCGGUAAUGGGGGCCAUAUGGUCUUUAGCAUGGGUUGUUGCAUCUUUCAAAGAGCUACAAGUCGACCAAAACGGCGCCUAUCCUAAACUCGCCCCACUAGCUAUAGCUCAAGGCGUCCUCUAUUGCGUUUGUCUCGCGAUAGAGAUAUUUGGCAUUUACAGCUCGUUGACUCAACGUGCCUGGAUGGUUAGGAUGUAUGCGUUUUUGAGCGGUAUUGCGGGUCUUCUCGUCGUUGGUGUCGGCCUCAUGCGCUGCAUCACUCAUUUCACUUACAAGGGUGAACUCAUAGAUGAAUGCAUAAGUAUCUCAGUGAAUGGAGAAGUGGAUAGUGCAUUCGGAAUAUGGGCCUCCAACCCUACGCCGAUGAGCAGCGCCGACGCCACGUCUUAUUGCAAUGACGAAUGGAACCGUGAUUCAUGGAGUGAGAUCGUGUCUACUAUCUUCGAGAUCAUUGCUUGCCUAUUGUUCACAUCUACCGCUUUUGCGUAUUACCGUCAAGUGGUUGAUCCUAUGAGCCCUGCUAAUGCCUUGAGGGCACCGUCGAACCAGGCGCGGUUGGACCUUUUCCCACCGCACUAUAACCGACCUUAUGAUCCCGAAUACCAACCAGCCUAUGCUCCACCGCUUGGACCCCCACCUUCAGACGCCAAGCCUCCCGAUUACACCUACGCGGGCGGAGAGUAUGGACAUGGGCUUGAGAAGGAUGAUAAGAAGGAAGACGACCCUUUUUCAGACUACGAAGGACCUAGCGUACCCCGACCGCUACACUUUGCCGAGGACCGAGGAUAGGGAUGCGACGAAUCUUUCAUGGAUCUGUUUGUGGGACAUUUUUCUGAUAUCUUAAAAUAUCACGUUGUAUGCUCCAGAUUCCUAUGUAAUACCACUCGACCACUCGAGGGGCAUUGACUGUGCCUCUUCUUGCACGACAUCGCAC